AAAAAACAAAAAAACUAUAUGGUUAUUUUGGCAUUCUUUCUGUCAUAUCAGUAUAUAUUUUUACAGGGGACUUUUUUAAGGAAAUAUAUUUAAUUAAUAUUUGCAUUUUUGAAAACAAUAAUUACUUUCUAGUAAACUUUUGAUAUCCUUGUGAGUAAUACAUACUGAAAAUAAAUUGUUCAUCAAUGGCUCUAAAUGACUGUGUUCCUUAAUGACUCAUCACCAAUUCAUGAGACACUUCAGCAAAACUUCCCAAAGUAUCACAAUUCACUUCAGCGUUGGGAAUAUUUGACGAAAGCCAUCAGCUUGCAGGAUAGUACCAAAAAUGACAAAUGUGGACCCUGGCUGGAAUGGGAGAUCAUGCUCCAGUACUGUUUCCCGCGGCUGGACAUCAAUGUUAGCAAAGGAAUCAAUCAUUUACUGAAGAGCCCCUUUAGUGUUCAUCCUAAAACAGGUCGUAUUUCUGUGCCUAUUGAUGUACAGAAAGUGGAACAGUUUGAUCCAUUUACUGUUCCAACCAUAAGCUCUCUCUGCCGUGAAUUGGAUGCCAUUUCCAUUAAUGAUGAGGGAAAGGAAGGAAAUGAAGCCGAAUCUGAUAUCAAACGUAGAACCAGAGAUUAUAAGAAGACCAGUCUAGCUCCUUAUAUAAAAGUUUUUGAACAAUUUCUUGAAAACCUGGAUAAAUCCCGAAAAGGAGAACUUCUCAAGAAGAGUGAUUUACAGAAAGACUUCUGAAGAUAACAACUCUCCUCAAACCAAUGUAGAUAUCUUCUAGCUUCAAGAAUCAAAUACUUCAGGCACCUGGGUAGCUUAGUCGGCUGGGUGUCUGCGUUUGGCUA